GAGCGUGCCCCAUGCGUGUUGUGGUAAACAAAAUCGGAUUUGCGUGCGUGCGUAAGGAAGGUAAUGGAGGCUGCUGUCCCACUCCUAGGGCUUCCACCUUGUGUCCACCACACAUUUACGUCCUAUUGAUGACCCACCCCGCAGAAGACGAGUGAAGAGUGAGUGGAGCUGCCAUAGAUAUUGGGAUGGCGUCUGACGCAGUUCCCCAGAACCAUGGCUCCAAGUGCAUCAUGACAUUUUACCCAACUGUUGAGGAGUUCAAAAACUUCAGCCGCUAUGUAGCAUACAUGGAGUCCCAAGGAGCGCACAAGGCAGGCCUGGCCAAAGUGGUCCCGCCAAAGGAAUGGAAGCCCAGGCAAUCGUAUGAUGAUAUAGACAACCUGAUUAUUCCUGCACCCAUUCAGCAGGUGGUGACAGGCCAGUCGGGCCUUUUUACCCAAUACAACAUUCAGAAGAAGUCGAUGUUUGUCAAAGAGUUCCGCAAGAUUGCAAACAGUGACAAGUUCUGUAGCCCUCACUAUGAUGAUUUUGAUGAACUGGAAAGAAAAUACUGGAAGAAUGUGACAUUUAAUCCUCCUAUAUAUGGGGCCGAUGUCAGUGGGAGUUUAUACAAUCCAGAGGUCAAAGAGUGGAAUAUUUGUUGUCUUAACACCAUUUUGGACACGGUGGAAUCUGAAAGUGGCAUCACCAUUGAGGGCGUCAAUACACCGUACUUGUAUUUUGGAAUGUGGAAGACCACCUUUGCAUGGCACACGGAGGACAUGGACCUCUACAGUAUCAAUUACUUACAUUUUGGAGAACCCAAAUCUUGGUACUGUGUGCCUCCAGAGCAUGGGAGAAGAUUUGAGCGUCUGGCUCAAGGUUUCUUUUCUGGUAGUGCUCAAUCUUGUGAAGCUUUUUUGAGGCACAAGAUGACCCUGAUAUCCCCUUCAAUACUGAAGAAAUAUGGCAUUCCAUUUGAAAAGAUUACUCAAGAUGCUGGCGAGUUCAUGAUUACCUUUCCGUAUGCUUAUCAUGCUGGCUUCAACCAUGGUUUCAACUGUGCGGAAUCCACCAACUUUGCCACUGAGCGAUGGAUAGAGUAUGGCAAGCAAGCACAUUUGUGCUCAUGCCGUAAGGACAUGGUAAAGAUUUCAAUGAGUGUAUUCGUCAAGAAAUUCCAGCCAGAUCGCUAUGAACAGUGGCUGGCAGGGCGAGACACCGUGGCCAUUGACCACUCACAGCCCACUCCAGAGGCUAAGGAGUUCUUGGGUGACUCCUUUAAUGUCACCAGCAAUAGUAGUAAUUGCUGCACGGAGAGCGGUCAUGAUGAUGGCGUGCGGAAAAGCCCUCCUCAAAGAAUUGAGACCAAGAGACACAGGGUGUGUCUGGAGCUGCCCAAGGAGGUUGUGCCCAAAGAUGAGGAUGACGAAAACGGGGAUAUGGUGCUGUAUGCGAAGCGCCCCAGGCUAAACCUUUUGCCACCACGUACUAUGCCGCAAGAUGGGAAGAGAAAUAAAGGCCCACCGAAGUUGGUCGUCACACCAACCAAGCUCACUUUGAUGGAUCCGUUUCACAGAAACGCGGUCCGGUCGCCUCAGUACUCCAAGACUCGUUCGCCUGCCUUUCCUUCCCAGCCUCAAAACAGUCACCUGUCACCUGCAGAGGCGCAGCCUGUCCGUAAAAUGGGUGUGGCCAGCUUGCUAUUUCAUCGGACAGUCACUCAAAAUGAUAUCUUGAAAGUGCACACGUAUCCCCGGGAAAAACAGCAGCUUCCUACCCAGCUGCAGGUGCACAGCUAUGCCAAAGAGCAUCAGCCCCCUCUUCUUGUGAUCGGAGGCACCGUGCCGUCACACACACAAGUCCAGUCUGCAUCUCAGUCACCGUGCAGUGGAAGCAUUGAACCAAGGCUAGAAUCUACAGUGUUUCUCACCAGUGUAACUGAACGGUCUGUGGAAAAUGACCAAGAUGCGAACAAACACAGUGUUUCAGUUACUGUUGCUGUUCAGGAUGCAGUGGUGAAGGCCAAAGAUGAGCCUAACAGUAUACCGCAAUACACUGAGAUCCACAAAAUACAUGAAAGAAAGGAUGGCCAAUGCCCUCUCACAGAUGGUGGCAUUGUCAUCUUGAAAAGCAUGAUUCCAGUCAAACAGCCAAUGCAAGUAAAAGUGAGGGCUGAGGAUUAUUAUGUGUCAGAAGAACAGUCCUACUGCAUGUCAGUCAACAGUGAGCAACAGCAGCAUGCCCAGCUCAGGAAGCUUCCACGCCACCACCCUCUCUUCAGAGAGAUAUACAGCGAGGAUGAGCUAUAUGUCGAUAAGGAAAUUGAGCAAGAGGAGAAAGAGGAAUGGGCAAAGCCGCUCAAGCAACUGUGGCAGUGUCGGCCUAUAAACCCCCAGGUGGAGUGGGAGUACAACAAGAGAAUGGGUGAACAGGCUCCUUACUGCUCCAUAUGCCUGCUUUUCCACACUCACCAUCAGUCUGAGGCCAGUGACGGGAGUUCCACUUUGACAUUGGUGUUCCGUCAAGGUUACCAUUGGUCCAAACCACUCAUUCCUGAAAUGUGUUUUAACACGCAUAAUGAUACCACCAAGGCCAGUGAGAGCGGGAAGGGCCAACUCUCCAACCCUCAUAUCACAGAGGACGGCACCAGCCGGCUGGUCAGCUGUUCUCAGUGCUGCGUCCGCGUACACACAAGUUGCUAUGGCGUAUCCAAGGAAGAAGUGGAGCAGAAGGACUGGCUGUGUGCUCGCUGCAAAGCUGAUGCCACUUCUGAGGAUUGCUGUCUGUGUUCUCUGAGAGGUGGAGCUCUGCAGAGAGCCAACAAUGACAAGUGGGUUCAUGUACUGUGUGCCAUCACUGUGCUAGAAGCUCGCUUUGUCAACAUCACUGAGCGGAGUCCUAUUGAUCUCUCUGCAGUCCCACUCCCACGCUUCAGACUGAAGUGUGUUUUCUGCAGGAAGCGGAUGAAGAGGGAGGUGACUGGCUGCUGUGUCCAGUGUUCCCAUGGUCGCUGCUCCACUGCAUUCCACCCAACCUGCGCUCAGGCCGCAGGCGUCCUCAUGCACCCGGACGACUGGCCUUUCAUUGUCUACAUCACAUGUCAGAGGCACAAAGCUCCUCCCAUAGUUGAGCGUAAUAAGGACUCCAUGAGAGCGCUGACAGCGGGGCAGAAGGUGAUCUGUAAAUACAGGAAUGGCCGUUACUACCACAGCGAGGUAAAAGAGUUGACCACUGCCAUCUUCUAUGAGGUCGUGUUUGACGACGGCUCAUACAGCGAUAACCUUUUUCCUGAGGACAUAGAGAACCGGGACUGUGUUCGACUGGGCCCACCGGCAGAGGGUGCUGCCGUGUCAGUGCGAUGGACCGAUGGGUUGGUGUACGGGGCCAAGUUUGUGGCGGCCCACUCCAUCCCCAUGUACCUGGUGGAAUUUGAAGACGGCUCCCAAAUUUCCGCCAAGCGAGAAGACGUGUACUCGUUGGACGAAGAUCUGCCCAAGCGCGUCAAGUCGCGGCUGUCGGUGGCGUCAGACAUGCGCUUCGAGCUCUUCGCCCAGGAGGACGUCAAACAGAACUCCAAACGCCAACGCGUCAUCAACUCUCGAUACAGAGAGGACUACAUUGAGCCCGUCAUUUAUCGGGCCAUCAUGGAGUGAGAUCCCUUUCCCUGGUAUGGCUAUUUUUAGAUUUUUGACGUCCCCUUUUUAGCUUCCAUGGCCUGUCAGGCUUCAGUUUCAAAACUACGGCUGGGACUCCUACUGAAUAUCACUCUUUCCUAUCGUGCUCUGUAGAUUGGUUUUCCUUUUGCUUAGUAAUUUAUUUUGGGGGAAGAAGCCAUCAGCCAAUAAUCAAGUAGGUCAACGUUUGCACUACUUCCUGAGGCAAGAUGUUUUUUUCCUGCUCGUGUCAGCUCAACCGACUUAGUCACUGACUUUCCUUUCCCUGUGGUGAAUUUUUUAAAGAGACACAGACGGAUCGGCUGUUUCUGUCCCAUCAAACUGUUUGUCCAAAAAAAUUAAACAUUACACCUGAAGUGUCAACAAGCCUGA